GAAUCGCGUCUACUACAAUAACGCUGUUUAAGCUAUGGAGGGGCGAGACCGAAUCAGUGAACUUCCUGCAGAUUUAAUUGACAAGAUUAUGGGAAAAUUGUGGAUUGGAGUAGCUGCUAGGAUGGCCGUCUUAAACACUGUUUGGAGAGAUGCUUGGUACAAUCUUACUGAGCUUGAUUUCGAUGAUUCCUUCCAUCAUAACAUUUACGCAGAUUUUGAUGAUGACCCAGCCACUUGGCAUAAUACAAUCAACGAUUACCUCAAGAAGCACAAUGGAAAUAUUAAAAAAUUUGUGGUUUAUUUCGGUCUGCAAGUAUAUAUAGGUGAAUUUGAUAAGUUGUUCCUCUCUGUCACAAAGAAAGAUGUUCAAGAACUCGACCUUCAGAUAUAUAGUGAUGAUGGUAGGAAUUACCGGCUCCCGCCCUGCAUCCUUAAAUGCCCUACACUGAAGACAUUUCGUGCUUGUGGUGUUAAAAUAGACCAGAUAACACCCCGUUGCAUGUUUCCGAAUGUCAGUUUUAUUAGCUUUGAUAGUGUUCAUUUUGAUGCACGUAGUCUUCAACUUCAUGCUGUUGAUCUUCCAAAGCUCCAAAGACUGAUAUUAAGAAGAUGCAAAAACAUCUAUCAUUUUAACAUUACUGCUCCGAAACUUGGUUUUUUAUCAAUCGAAGAAUGUUACAUUGGCAGUGAUGAUGAAUGCCACAGGGAUAAUGAUGAUUACUACUCUGAUGAUGAUGAUGAUGAUGAUGUGGACUUCAACUCUGAUGAUGAUGACCACCGCUAUGCAGGUGAUAAUGAUGAUGAAAGUGACUAUGAUGACGAUAGCAAUAUGUUUCACUACAACCCUGCCAAAGGAAAAGAAAAAAUAGGUGGUGAUUUUCUCCCUGCGAACUUGGAUUUGGGUUCUGUUUGCAGGCUUCAUUUGUGUUGCAAUGCUAUUGGGGGUGUUGUUGAUGAUUUUGGUAGAAAGGGACUUCAAAUGCCAGCGUUAGACGUGAAAUACCUAAACCUUUCAGGUGUCUACUAUCUGGGUUUUGAUAAUAACUCCAAGUUUGUUAAUUUGCUGAGAAGUUGUCCAAAAUUAUGCAAACUUGAAAUAUGUUUUAAGCUCCAUGGAUUAGACUCGCCUACUUGUAGUGAGAGUGUUUCUAAUCUGUUGGAAGGACUUCACAAGCUACAUCACAGACACAACGACCUCCAAACUUUGAAUUUUAACUUGUACUCAGCAUCCAAAUCCGAAGUGCAAUUUAUAACAGGACUAAUAGGCUGCUUCCCGACAUGCAAGAAGGUGUUUAUUUUUUGUCAGAUAAGGUUCCCGUCCAAGGAGAAGGCAAAAGUAAGAAAAGAGAUUUUGAGCUCCAGUCGUGCCUUAUCAACAGCAAAAGUUUAUUUGAAGUAAGAAGCCUUUUGGUUUUUAUGCAACUCCUAAACCCUCCUGAUAUGUAAUGGAAGGGAAGCUGAUUUCUUCUGCUCUUAAACAGCAAUGGUUUCACUAUAUAUCAUUGGAAAUGGUAGUUGCAUUUGUAGCUGUUUUGUUAGAACGAAAGUGAGUUUAGUAAUGUGAUAAGACCCAAGUGCACAGACUGGUAAGCUUUUAUUUUGCUGUUCGUAAUUGGGGAGAAAACAAAUAUGCUCCCAAGUACCCUUCGCUUUAUAUUAGUUUUCCCAUAUUCCAUUUCAGCUGCUUCAGAUUACUUGUUUAACUUGUCUUUUGGAAAUGGUCACGUCAUAAAAGCCUCUACAGAGUAAUGUUC